GCGGAGAGCGCUACGACACGCGGAGAGCGCUACGACACGCGGAGAGCGCUACGACCCGCGAUGGACGUCCGCCCGCUCCUCGCGCAGCGCCGGGCGCCGCCAGCGCCCAAUCAGCACCUCUGGCGCGCGUUCGGCGCCGUCGCGCUGCUCCAAUUCGUGACGCUGGCCGCGGUGCUCGCGUCGCGAACGGCUCCUGACGGCCGGAGGCAGCUGCUGGCCGACGAGCUCGAGCCGCCGUUCCGGAAAAUACGCGAGGAUAUCGAUCUCGGCGCCGACGAGCGGCGGCGGCUCAGCGGCGCGCUCUGGGGCCUCAAGACCGCGACGGCCGCCACCACGCUCACGAAGUUCAUGGGUACCAUGGUCCUCUGCGACACGUCGUCCGCGGCCAUCACGGUGACGCUGCCGGCCGCGAGCGACAUGUCCGAGCAGUCCGGCGCCUCGCUCCGCCACUACAAGUUCAUCAACACGGGCAGCAACGACUGCACGGUCGCCCGCGCCGGGUCCGACACGAUCGUCACAUCGACGCUGACCGCGACCUUUUCCGGCGGCGCGACGACGUCGACCUUCACGGGCACGGCCUUCACGCCCGCGGGGACGGUCUCGCAACCGACCUUCACGGGAACGCAGUUCACGCCCGCCGGAACCAUCUCAGCAAUUACUCCCGCCGGCACCAACGACGCGCCGACGUUUACUGGUCAAGCGCACACCCCGACGUUCACCGGCGGUGCCAUCACGAGUACGGUGACUCAGGGCACGAUUACCACCGCCACGGUGUACACUGGGGCGGACGCCACGGCGACCACGACGGACACGGCGGUCGACGUCGUCACUGCGGUCGCGGCCAGCACCGUCGCGAGCGGGACCGCGAGCGGGACCAUCUCGCAAAUUACGCCGCAGGGAACCGUGGCCGCGCCGGUAUUUAGUGGUACAGCGCACACCCCGACGUUCACGGGAACCGCGGUGACUCCAGGGGGGACGGUCUCGCAACCGACCUUCACGGGGACUCAGGUGACGCCCCAGGGCACGAUUCAAACCGACACGCCCGGGGGCACGGUCGCGAUCGUCAACGCCGCGACGGCGUCGACGGGCUUGACGGCGAUCACGCUCAAGCCCGGGUCCUCGCUCGCGCUGGUGGGCGACGGCACGAGCGCCUGGUACCAGUACGGCGGGACGAGCAUCGCCGUCGCGUAG